AUGAAGAGGCUGUCUGAUGUUGAGAAGGCUGUAACAAAUAUAAACAACCUUGUGAUCAAGCUUACAGAAGAAAAGAGUGGAUUAAAGAGGAGAUGUUUUAAAAAAUCAAGAUGUUCUGCAACUGAUGCAAAUAAUCAAACUUGUGGGAAGCUCCAUCACACGAGCCUUCAUGAAAAUCAGAUUGUUGGGAGUUCAUACGUCAGCUUGAAAAGAAAUGGAGUCAUGUUCAUGGUCAAUAAGAUUAAAUGUAAUAAUCAAGUAUUAAAUACACUCUUUGAUUCUGGGGCUGACGUGACAAUGAUACGAAAUGAUAUGGCAGCCUCAUUAGGAUUGAAAGGCAAGCAUAUACGCUUAGCUGUGACUAAACUAGGAAACCAGACUGUAACAUAUAACAGUAAGGAAUAUGACCUUGUUCUUACUGAUAAACAGGGGAAUAAUGUGAAUAUUACUGCUUAUGUUAAAGAAACUGUAGGUGAAAAUUUACAACUUAUGGAAUCUCGAUUUGGGAUGUGUGUUCGUGGUAGUCACCCUAGUAUAGCUUGUGCCUCAGGUACUAGGGAUAUUGUAGGCAUCAGAAUAAACCAUAUUUCUGGGAUUAUAUAUGACAAAGAUAUAACUGUUGAACCGAAAUCUGAUAUUAAGGAUCAGAUUGAUAAAUUUUUCACAGUGGAAUAUUUAGGAACAGAAUGUAAUCCUAGAUGUGGUGAUUGCAAAUGUGGCAAAUGUGCAAAUAAUAUCUCUGUUGCUGUUGCCAAAUUAAGGAGUACUGAGAAGAGAUUGCUGAAACUUGGACCAGAAUAUGCUAAAGCUUAUAACAACCAAAUAAGGGAUAUGAUCAUACGUGAUGUUGCACGUAAAUUAACACCAGAUGAAAUAAAAGGUUAUGCUGGUCCUAUUACAUAUCUUCAACAUCAUGAAGUGCUAAAGCCAGGAUCUACAUCCACACCAAUUAGGAUUGUCUUUAAUUCCUCUGCCAAAUUCAUGGGACAAUCUCUAAAUAGCUUUUGGGCCAAGGGUCCUGAUGUUUUGAAUUCCAUGGUGGGCAUAUUACUGAGAUUCCGUGAAGGAGCCAUAGGUAUAGCAGGUGAUAUAAGUAAGAUGUACAACAGUAUUAAGCUUCCUGAAAUGGAGCAACAUGUACGCAGAUUUGUUUGGAGAGAUUUCCAGUUGAAUUGUGAGCCUGAGCAUUAUGUGUUAACUUCAAUGGGCUUUGGUGACAAACCUUCUGGAAUAAUUGCUAUGUUGGCUCUUAAACACACAGCUGAGCUAUGGAUGGAAAAGUAUCCCGAUGCUGCUUCUAUGAUAAUAUCAAAUUCUUAUGUUGAUGAUAUUAUACAAUCAGUUGAGAGUAAAGAGAAAGCUUUGCAGUUGAUUCAGGAAACUGAGAAAAUACUCUCAUAUGGCAAUUUUAAGGUAAAGCAGUGGAUUAUGACUGGUGAUGUUGAUAAGGAUGAUCUAGAUUUUUCAGAGAAUGAAGGCGAUAAAAUUCUUGGUUUAUAUUGGGAUCGUUGGAAUGAUGAAUUUAAAUUCAAAGCAAGGUUGAAUUUUUCUCCUAAAUAUAAGGGUAUACGAACAGGUCCAGAUUUAAAAUUUUCAAAUUUUAUUUGUAACAUUCCUCCAGUUUUAACUAAGAGAAUUGUUAUAAGUCAGAUGUGUUCUGUGUAUGACCCACUAGGUUUACUUCUUCCAUACACAUUGAAAGCCAAAAUAUUAUUACGGGAAACUGUCAGUUGCAGCACCAAGUUAGGAUGGGAUGACCCUUUCCCUGCCCAUAUGAAAGAGCAAUGGGUAGUACACUUUCACAAAUUAUUUGGGAUUGAUUCCUUGUCAUUUGAAAGAUGUGUCAAACCACCCACAGCGAUAGGUCUGCCUAUGCUUGUUAUUUUUAGUGAUAGUUCAUCAAAUGCAUAUGGUGCUGUGGCUUAUGCUAGGUGGAAAAUGAAAUCUGGAAUGUUUGAAAGUAAGCUAAUAAUGGCAAAAGGAAGAAUAGCUCCUACCAGACAACUUUCCAUACCCAGACUUGAAUUGUGUGGAGCAAUUAUUUCAUGCAGACUACGCAAAUUAAUCGAAAAUGAAUUAUCAUAUAGAUUUAGUUCAGUAAUGCAUAUAACAGACUCGGCUAUUGUGAGAGCACAGAUCCAAAAGGAGUCGUAUGGAUUUGGGACUUUUGUAGCAACACGGGUAGCAGAAGUACAAUCGAAGAGUAAUCCCAAUGAAUGGUGGUGGAUUGCUUCUUGUCACAAUCCUGCAGAUUUACUUACUAGACCUAAUGAUCCAUCAGAUAUUAUCAUCAGUUCAUUGUGGAAGUAUGGCCCAAAAUUCAUGACUCUACCCAAAGAAGAGUGGCCAAUAAGUCAAUCUAUUGAAUGUGACUUGCCUGAUAGAGUCCAUGUGAAUUUAACACACUGUCUGAAGGACUCAGAUGAAUGUGUUAUUGAUUUAUCUAAAUUCAAAAAUUACAAUAAACUUAUUGCAGUUACUGGUAGGAUAUUAAAUGUAAUGAAGAUCAGAUCUUUAAAGGGUAUCUUAUUAAGACUUGAACCUGAUAUUCUAAAUGAAGCAUUACAAUUUUGGAUCAGGCAAGCACAGAAAUGUUUUUCUGGUAAUUGGAAACAGAAAUAUCAAAGAUUGGGACCAUACAAGACUGAAAAUGGUAUAAUUAUGGUAGGUCAAAGACUGGAGCAUUGGUUAAAACAAAACUGGAAUCAAGAUAACUUUAUCCUGUUACCCAGGAAACAUUUGUUUACUAUACUUUAUAUUAGUCAUUUGCAUAAUAUAGAUCAUGCUGGAGUGGAUGUUACACUUAGUAAACUGCAGACAAAGUUCUGGGUUCCUUCAGCACGUAAAGUCAUCAGAGCAGUGAAACGUAAAUGUGUUACUUGUAGGAGAUUAGAUUACAAAGUUGAAGGUCAGUGCAUGGGUCAAGUCGCUACUGAAAGAAUAACUCCAUGUCCAGCUUUCUAUCACACUGCUACAGAUAUCUUUGGGCCAUUUCAAAUAAGAGACAAUGCUCCUGUUACUUUAGUCAAAUUACGGCUGUCUGUUUAUUUUGCUACUAAAUUAUCCCUUAUGUGCAAGGAAUGGCUGGGAUUACGUUCAAGUGGCAGUGCGGGCUUUGAACGCGGGUCAGCAAGAUUGCUAGAUGAGAAUGUACUUCUCUGA